GUAGUCGGCACAUACGAACGAGGAUGUGAUGCAGGAACAGAACAAAAAAUAGCCUUUUCGGUGUCGGUGCAAUGAAUGCCGUCGUUUUCGAUAUUGGUUGCACGGCAGGUCGGACAGAGAACAAAUGCGUUGAGGCUUCGACACAGACCCAAGAGAAUUCGAAGCAYGGGAAAUAGUGUCGGUGUCACUACGGCCCACGCCGUGAAAGACGAACACGAAGAACAACUGAAGCUCGCGGUCCUGGAUACAAUCGAUGCCUUUCCCGUCACACUCCGGCAGACCAUCGAUGAGACGAGAGAGGAGGACGCGGGGGCCUUCCUGACGAUUGUCGAGGGAGAACUAGUGCGCCUGCUAUAUGGCAACGAGGGAAGGGGGCUCGAUUGCAACCGAGAUACCGAAGAGGAAGUCGAAACCGCGAUAUACUUCUUUCCGCACGUUCUAUGCGAGCGAUACUGGGGCACGCACCCCCCGAUCUAUGCGCAGCUGGCCUAUCUAAAGAGCGUGCCAUUCGUACCGCUCCUAGCGAGACUUGGGAUAGAGCUCAAUCAGUUCCAAACGGAAGAGCAGGGAGGGUUGUUCUACCGCAAAUGGAACGUGCUGCGGAGUCUUGUGAACGACGAUUGGAACAAUUGGUACGACAAAGAAGACAGGAAUCUCGUCGACGAAAUGUAUUUUUUCGUCAUGAAAGCGUUGCAGCAACUGGGUAUUUUUCAAAAGGGUGACGUCCGACGACACCGUUUGAUGAGAGCACUGGCUUACAGCAAUUCGUUCUCGGAACGAUGGUUUCGCUGCCUCGUCGACUUGGAUCCGAACUGUUGCAAGGAAUACUACGGCUCCACGAAUUACUACGGGAWUCCCCACGAGUCGGUCUACAAAUUUGCGAGCAAGGAAAACGGUAUCAGUGCAUUUCGAACGAUAUUCGAGCUGGGAAUGACUCACUAUCCGACGGAACUGGGCUUCUUGUUCCACAGGCAUUGCUAUGGUCGAACCAACUUCGAACUGGUGUGUUGCGAAUUCGGGGCAGAUACCGUGUCACGGAUCGUCGAGGAUGCCCUGAGGAUAUGGGACGAGCGGGAAUUUGAUGCCAGUGGAAAACUCGUGGACCGCAGAAAGACAAUGGCAUUGAUUCACGCCGCGACGAAUUCGGGGCAUCACUUCGAGGCGGUCUAUUUCUUGUUGCGCAGAGACCCGGCCGUCAUUUUUUAUUCCAUCGCCAAGGGGUAACUAGUGUUGGCCGUGCCGCGGGCGGCUUUGCUCGCUGCCGUUUUUUCCCUUCGAUUUCUUUGUUCACGGAUGCCCGAGAUCCACCGCAGUGCAUACCCCCCAGAAACCCGUUCCUUGGAACGAUUAUGCGAUCACCAACACCGGUCCCGGAAAACUCAAAAUCACUUGAGCAAGAAGCUUGUGGGCAGCUUUCGAGGCAAAACUACGGCGCAACAACGCAACUCCAGAGUCCGAAGACGGACAGGCACAUCGAAGGCAUUAUCUGCCGAAAUUGAAAAAGAGUGCAUCGGAAAAGACAGAUCAUAUUAUUUUCGCCCUCAUAAAUUUUUAACCCAGUG